AUGAGCAAUACAUUGCAAUCAUAUGAAAAUACCUGUCAUCAAUAUGAGAGGGAUCAGAUGUAGUUUAAGAGAAGGAAGGACAUGAACCUUAAGGAUGAGUAUUCCAUUAAAGAAAAGCAAAAGGGUCUUCUUGAUUUCGACGAGACAAGUUAGAAGGAAAAUUAAACAUAAAUGUCAUUGAUGAAAAAAAACUAUACGAAGUAUAUUGUCAAGAUGCAAAAUUUGAAUCUACUUAAUAGUUAUGAUCAUAAUGUAAGAGUGUUGGAUCUUUCAAAUUCCAAAAUGACUUCUUUGCAUGAAGGCAUCAAACAAUACGCUCGCUUAUCCAUCAUCAAUUUAGCCAACAAUCUCUUUCAAGAAGUACCGACCUGUCUAUUUGAACUCUAUCUCUCGCAUAUCAAUCUCAACAACAAUCUAUUAAAGACUCUCCAAUUGGGAGAUAAGUGGAAAACAUCACUGGAGAGACUCGAUGUCGGCAAAAAUCACAUUCGCAUUUUACCUGACGAGUUAUUUCAGAUGGAACAACUAAAAAUUGUAGAUUUAAGAAGCAACGAUUUCACCAAAAUACCUAAAGCAAUAUUGAAUUUAGAGAAGCAACUCAAAGGACUCGGUUUAGAUUGGGUUAAAUACACUAAUCAGAACUACUUUGUAUCCAAAAAGGACAUGAUGAUAACAGACGAUCUCUAAAGAUUUUGGGAUCAAGUACACCAACUACUUAAAGAUAAUGAAGGCAUCCUCUGCCAUGAAUACUUGAUAUACAAUCAAAAAUACCAAGAUGAUCAAAUUCAAGAUUCAAUCACUGUACAAAUCCCCAAACAGUCCAACAUUGUGAGAGCUACUUAGAGAAAUACUGAAUUAACCCUCUAAGAAUUGACUAGCAGUUGCCAAUUCAUACACACAAAAACCUUAGGGCAAGAUGCUGAUGUGUCUGAUUGCGGAUCUAAUCUAAUGCAUAUGGCAGUUGAAAAUGAAGACAUCGGUAUUGUGAGAGCUCUUCUUAAUAUAAGAUUUGAACUAUCCUCAUUAUUAGAUGAUGCUUCUCACACUCCACUUUCAUUGGCAAUCAAAGAGGAAAAGUAUCAUUGUGCCAAAAUCAUCAUAAAUGCAUCAGCUAAUCUAAAUAUAGGAGGGGGAGAAUACAAUAGUGUUCUUAAUUAGGCUGUGAGUAAAACAUAAUAUUACCUAAUCAAGGACAUCUUAAAUGCCAAAGUCUAAAUUAACAAGUAAGAUAAAAAAGGUAAUGGUCCUUUGCAUAACUUGAUUCCCUCCUUUAAAAAGAAUCUUUAAGAGGCUACAAGAAUUGGACAUCUCUUAAUAGAAAGGGGUGCUGAUCCUAAUUUAAAGAAUAUCAAUAAUAAUACACCUCUUCAUCUAGCUAUCAAGAAAUCCUCUUAUUCGGCAUUAAGAUUUGCAAUUUCUAUAAAUGAAUAAUACUAACGAGAUGUGUUUUCAUUCAAAUUGCUGGGUCACAAAGGCAAUUCAGUGAUGCAUUUUGCUGCCAAAAGCGAAAAUAUUAAAAUUAUCCUGUAACUUUAUUCCAUCAACCCUUACUUGUUAUUCACUUAUAAUGAGGAUCAAAAACGCCCUUUUGAUAUCAUCCAAAAGAACUUCACUCUGAGCAAACUCAUUUCAGUUUUAGAACUUAUCUAUAUUAAAAAUAACAUUCUUAAAUAACACUUGAAAGCAAAUAGCUCAUUUAAUGGAUAGCAAAUCAAAGAGGAACAGACUUCAUAAGUUAAGUAGAAGGAAAAGGAAAUCUAAUUUUCAAAGAAAAAUAGUUUUGAUUUAGUUGAAUCAGACGAGGAAGGUACGAACAGAAUCGGAUUGAAUAAUUUUCAAAUCUUACCUAAUUUAAAAAGACAACAGUCACAACCACCUAGAAGACCAACAAUCAAGAAGGAGAACAAGGUAUCUUGUGAGAAUGCAGGACCCAUUUUUAUUCAUAAAUCUAUCCAAUAGGAUAGAAAUGAUAUUAAGUAAAUAGAAUUGUAAAAUCAGCAAAACAAUAGCAAAUUCAAAGAAAAUAAAAAUAUCAAUAAAUAGAUCCAUAGGUUAUUGAAGGAUAUAGAGAAUAUUCAAGCUUUAAUGUAGACUGAAAAGGAUUAGUACUCUUAAAUUGCUUUAGAGAAACUGUUUAUUUCUUUAAUUCAAUAAUUAAAUUAUUAUAAAGAGGAUCCUCUCACAAACUUAAUGAUCAAAAAUGCUACUUAAUUACAGAAGAUAGAGUUUGAAUGUAGACAAACAACAACCCUUUCUUAUGAUACUUCUCCGUUAUUCUUAGAAUAUGAAUAAUUUAUGAAGCUAUGA